AGUGACGAGGCAGCAGUUUCGUCCGGCCGCCCCACUCGCCAUGUGUGUCAUUCACCCAGCCCUAUGAUUCAUCUCCUCAGCCGCUAAAAGCCUCCUGCUACUCCAGAGCCGCUGCCCAUCACUCAUGGAGGGGCUGGUCCAAGCAGUGUCCCCACUCCGAGGCUCAGAGAAGAUGGGUCAACUUUCCGUGACACUCGGGAUCCUCCUGCUCUGCGCUACCGGCGGCUGGGGGGGCAACAUCUGCACCACCCGGGGGGUGAACUCCUGCAAGCAGUGCCUGGCUGUCAGUCCCCUCUGCGCCUGGUGCUCUGCUGAGGUCUGGGCGCACUCGGCCCCUCGCUGUGACCUUCAUGCCAACCUCCUGCACAACGGCUGCGGGCAGGACCACAUCGAGUCCCCCAGCAGCAGCGUCACCAUCCUGGAGGACCGGCCCCUCAGCAACAAGGGCUCAGGGGGGUCCACCACCACCCAGAUGAGCCCCCAGAGAAUACAGCUGAACCUGCGGCCAGAUGACUCCCAGGUCUUUCAUGUCCAAGUGCGUCAAGUGGAAGAUUACCCUGUGGACAUCUACUACCUCAUGGACCUGUCUAACUCAAUGAAGGAUGAUCUGAGGAACAUCCAGAACCUGGGCACAAAACUGGCCAGUGAGAUGCGUAAGCUCACCAGCAACCUACGCAUCGGCUUUGGGGCCUUUGUGGACAAACCCAUUUCACCCUACAUGUACAUAUCUCCUCCAGAAGCCAUCAAGAACCCUUGCUAUGAGAUUGGGGAAACCUGCCUGCCCAUGUUUGGGUACAAACACGUCUUGUCACUCACGGAUGAGGUGACUCGCUUCAACGAGGAGGUGCAGAAGCAGAGCGUCUCCCGGAACCGCGAUGCACCAGAGGGUGGCUUCGAUGCCAUCAUCCAGGCCACCGUGUGCGAUGAAAAAAUUGGCUGGAGGAAUGAUGCUUCCCAUCUGCUCGUCUUCACCACGGACGCGAAGACCCACAUUGCACUGGACGGGCGGCUAGCUGGCAUCGUGCAGCCCAAUGAUGCCCAGUGCCACAUCGACAAGGAUAAUUUCUACUCUGCCACCACCACACUGGACUAUCCUUCUCUGGGCCUGAUGACUGAGAAACUCUCACAGAAGAACAUCAACUUGAUCUUUGCUGUGACAGAUAUGGUUGUUGGCCUCUACCAGAACUACAGUGAGCUGAUCCCAGGCACAACUGUGGGCACCUUGUCCAGAGACUCCAGCAACGUCCUGCAGCUCAUAGUAGACUCCUAUGGGAAAAUCCGCUCCAAAGUGGAGCUGGAGGUGCGUGACCUCCCUGAAGAGCUGUCCCUGACCUUCAAUGCCACCUGCCUCAACGACGAGGUCAUCCCUGGGCUCAAGUCAUGCAUGGGGCUCAAGAUCGGGGACACGGUGAGCUUCAGCAUCGAGGCCAAAGUGCGGGGCUGCCCCCAGGAGCAGCAGAAAUCCUUCACCAUCAAACCUGUGGGCUUCAAGGACAGCCUGACAGUGGUGGUGAACUUCGACUGCGACUGCUCCUGUGAGAGCCACGCCGAGGCCAACAGCCCGUCCUGCAGCCAUGGCAAUGGCACGCUGGAGUGCGGCGUGUGCCGCUGCAACCCUGGGCGCCUGGGCUCACACUGCGAGUGCUCGGAGGAGGAAUACAACCCCUCACAGCAGGACAACUGCAGCCCCCAGCCGGGCCAGCCCCUGUGCAGCCAGCGUGGCGAGUGCAUCUGCGGGCAGUGCGUGUGCCACAGCAGCGACUUUGGGAAGGUGACGGGCAAGUACUGCGAGUGUGACGACUUUUCCUGUGUUCGCUUCAAGGGCCAGAUGUGCUCAGGCCACGGGCAGUGCAGCUGUGGGGAUUGUCUGUGCAACUCAGACUGGACAGGAGACUACUGCAACUGCACCACGCGCACUGACACCUGCAUGUCCAGCAAUGGGCUGGUGUGCAGCGGCCAUGGCUCCUGUGUGUGCGGCCGUUGCGAGUGCACCCAGCCCGGCUCCUACGGAGACACCUGCGAGAAGUGCCCCACCUGCCCGGACGCCUGCACCAUCAAAAAGGAUUGCGUGGAGUGCAAGAAGUUUGAGCGGGGAAAGCUAGUGGAGCAGCAGUCCUGCAGCCGUAUGUGCCGUGACAAGAUUGAGACAGUGCAGGAACUGAGUGACAGGGGCAAGGAUGCCAUGAACUGCACCUAUAAGGAUGAGAAUGACUGUGUGAUGAGGUUCCAGUACUACGAGGACUCCAGUGGCAAGUCCAUCCUCUAUGUCAUUGAGGAGCCUGAUUGUCCAAAGGGGCCAGACAUCCUGGUGGUCCUGCUCUCAGUGACAGGUGCCAUCCUGCUCAUCGGCCUCACUGCCCUGCUCAUAUGGAAGCUCCUCAUCACCAUCCAUGAUCGCCGUGAGUUUGCCCAUUUCGAGGAAGAGAAGGCCAGAGCCAAGUGGGACACGACCCAUAACCCUUUAUAUAAAGAGGCCACAUCUACCUUCACCAAUAUUACGUACCGUGGGAACAUGUAGGGAUGCCACAUCCAGCACUGGCCAUGGGAUCAGCUGAUGAUCCGUGGGAUCUCCUGGAACCCAGUUUACAGAAGAGCUUGUUUGUGUCUGCCUGUGUGAACAACUGCAUGUGAUUUAACAAGUCCCUGACUGCCUCCAACCCAUAUUGUCUGUCACCCCACUGUAACUGCAGGGACGUGCUUUCCAUGGCAAACCUCAGUCCUUACCUCAGCGGGUCGCUCACAAAGCCACCGGCCCCCCAUACACUGAACACAGAGAAAUGGGAUGAUCUCUGUCAGUCUGUGAACUCUUUGCUUCUCAUCGGAAUUUCAGGAGCAGCUGCUUGAACCACAUGCUGAGCUGUGCUCUCCUCCACAGCCUGUGCUGGUGAAGCUCUGCCCGCUCGGAGUCCCCUUCUGCACUGGCCUUGGUCCCUCUGGGCACAGGGACCUUCUCCUUCAGCACAGGGCAGCUGCCAGCAGGCAGGAGCCAUCACUGGCUUUGGAGGUUCAGGACACUGUUGGAGCAGCCCAGCAGCUCUUUUCUUCUUGCAACCAUAUGUCACGGGUGCUGCUGUGACCCAGGGUGGUAAAAAGCUGUGCCCCACAUAACAUUGCCCUCCCUCGCUCCCUCCAAUGCUUUGUCAGUCUGUGAACUCUUUGCUUCUCAUCGGAAUUUCAGGAGCAGCUGCUUGAACCACAUGCUGAGCUGUGCUCUCCUCCACAGCCUGUGCUGGUGAAGCUCUGCCCGCUCGGAGUCCCCUUCUGCACUGGCCUUGGUCCCUCUGGGCACAGGGACCUUCUCCUUCAGCACAGGGCAGCUGCCAGCAGGCAGGAGCCAUCACUGGCUUUGGAGGUUCAGGACACUGUUGGAGCAGCCCAGCAGCUCUUUUCUUCUUGCAACCAUAUGUCACGGGUGCUGCUGUGACCCAGGGUGGUAAAAAGAUGUGCCCCACAUAACAUUGCCCUCCCUCGCUCCCUCCAAUGCAUUCAGUCUAUACCACCUGCCAAUUCCAUGUAGGAUUAGCUGUGCUGCUACCAGCUGCAACCUGGCUCAGCCCCUGGGAUGGUGCUGAGUUCCUCCUGUCUGCCUCCACUGUCCCCAUGCCACAGCACACAUGGAUGUGCAAGCAGCUGCUUCAGGAUGGUCAUGACACCUGAUAUCCCUUGAGCCUGGCCACCUCUCUCCCCUUACUGUGUUUUUUGAACUUAACUGCACCAUCCCUGGACUUCUGUGUGGCUCAGGGUUCCAGAAGAGCAGGCAGGGGUCAGGCUAUGUCCUGCUGCCUAGAGCUGUGUGUCACCCGUGGAGGAAAACAAAGAGCUGUCCCAGAGGCAGUGCUGGGCUGGACCAGUGUUGCUGCCUGGUCCCUGCCCUGCCAGAGCACAUGGCUCAAUUCCCCUCAAUUGCCUCAAAAAGCAACAGUGACCUUGUUCCCAUCCUGAGGUUGUCUGUCCUCCCAACGUCCCCGGCAGUGUGUUGGCUGAGCUGGUGGUGACCCUGUGUCCCUGUUCCCUGGCUGGCCUGUCCCAGCAGUGUGGGAGCAGGGGCAGCAGUUGGUGCUGGGUGGGCUCUGGGGCUGAGCCCUUGAGGGGGGCCAGGGAUGGAUGGGCAACACCAGAGUGCCAGUGAUUCACAUCACAAAAAUAAAAAUA